AUGGCCGCAUCAACCCUAUUGCCCAAGCAUGGGGACGAGCCUCAUCUUCCAGAUGAGGCAACUUCCCUUGUGGAAAGGAUCAAUCAACUGCGCUCUAUGGGUGUUGGUGAAAUGAUUGACCUUCCACAGCUGCUUGCUUGCGGCAACGAAGACAGCAGCAAACACUCUGUAAUCGAGGCAAUCACUCGUACUCGGUUCCCUGCCAAAAAAGUUACUGCUCAUUUUGUUACAGAGAUCAAGCUGCGCCGUCAACAAGAUAUUAUUUUUCGAGUGGCCAUACGCUCACCGGCGCCUACCAGCAAUGACACAGACACCCCUCCUAAGCCUUUUCUACUCACCCAUGUCACCAGCACCGACAAAUCUCUAUCACUAAUCGAACGGGGCUUUCAGCUCAUUGCUGCCACUUGUCGCCAUGGAUUUAGUGACGAUGUCCUGGAUAUCGAGAUCGCCGGUCCUGAUCAACCCAACCUGACCAUUGUUGAUCUUCCGGGCCUCCAAUCCACAACUAUUGGCGACAAAGCACAUGAAGAGGCUGAUAAGCGGGUCACGCUGCUGAGGAGAUACAUAAAGAACUCUCGUAGCAUCAUCUUCGCUGUGCUGUCCGCAGACGUCAACCUUCAAUCGCAAAGAAUUCUGGAGAUUGCAGCAGAGUCUGAUCCAAAGCAGCAGCGCACACUUGGCGUCAUCACCCAUUCUAACAAGCUAGGAGAACUGACAGACUUGGGCUCACUUCGCUCGGAAAUUGUCACGCGAAAGUUGUCCCUUGGGUGGCUUCUGUUGCCAGACCAUUUCCACCAACUUCAGAAAACACCAUACGAAAAGGUUGGCAGAGAUUGUCAAGGCUCGACACAGAAAGAAGACUGGGAAGCUCUUGGAAAGACCGCAAACAACGUGGAGAGUCUGCAGAAUUGGCUUGGUGAUAUCUUUGCUGAGCACGCCCAGAAUUGUGUCCCGGGUCUUAUUUCGGACAUUGAGAAUAUGAUACGGAACAAGAAAUCAGACAUACCUCAGCUUCUUUGUCUGGUAUCUGAUGCCUUCUUCGAUACUCGUGGCUAUGUCAACCAGGCCACUCUCGUUGAUUCCCGUCGCUUGCGUUACACCAUUCAUGAGCUCAAUUCCCACUUUUCGGAAGCCAUUCAAGUCAUUGGUUGUCGCCGUAAGAUACCUGAUGCUACCGGUGAAUGGAGCAUGUUUCAAACUGCCUCAACAAACCACUAUGACAACAUCAGAAGCCCAGAGUGUGUGGAGCGAGCCAAGCUUGAAAAUGAAAUCGCUCAACAGAUACAGCCUGAUGGGGGACUCCACAUUCUGGGAAGUCCCAAUCAGUCCUUGGUGGGUGCUCUAUUCCGAGACCAAACACAGCCAUGGGAUGAGAUAGCCCGGGUACAUCUAUUGAAAUCAUGGAAGUCUGCCAAGAGCUGUGCGACCUCGGUGCUUCAGUAUCUCACGGACAAGCGCACGUCAAACCUGAUAAUGAAGACCCUCAUUGACCCCGAGUUUGAGAAGUACAAAGCGAACCUACUGGCGAAGCUGGAGGAAUUGACCGCUUACAACAAACGAGGUCAAAUGUUCUCGUCAAGCUCGUGCGUUCUCCACUGGAUUGAACAAUGCCGAAACGACCGAUUGCUGGCUCGUAUCCAAGAAACGUUUCCAGCGGGGUCAGAUCAGGCAAUUUCCAAAGACCAAUUGAGGAUGAUAACGCAAGGCUUGAGGACAUCGAGUAGGGAAUUUGCGGCUGCUGAAAUUGUUGAUCAAAUGCAAGCUCAUUAUAACAAUGCCCUUUGGACAUUUAUCGACAAUGUGGCUUUUCUCGCAGUCGAGAAUUGUCUUCUUGUCCCUCUCUCGUGUGUACUGACAGCUCAAUCCAUCAGCAAUUUGAAUGGCACUCAGAUCCAAGAACUUGCCAUGGAGCCACGUUCGGCUGAGCUCAAUCGCCAACGGCUGAAUGAAGAGCUCAGAAAGCUUCAAUUGAGCUCCCAAGCACUGAAAGAGUUCAAUAUGCCAGAUCUACCAAUGUCACCAAAGCUAGGGACAGAGACGCCCGCAUCGGGCGCGGCAUUCGCGGUCACUUCGGCAGACCAUUCGGGUUUGAUGGCACAGCAAAAAGGCUACAACACGCACUCGUACAGCGAUGACAGAUUCAAACCUGAAUUUCGAGCUUUGGGACCUCAGAUCCAAAGGGUUUCCAGUUCAGACCCAUCUACGGCCACAAACCAAGCCAUAUCAACUGAGUGCCCAGUGCAUCGCAAUCCAUUCGCAGGCCCAAUACGUUCCAACGCGUUUGUGAACUACGACCCAUUUCGGGAUUCCAAAACAUCUCGGACUUUAGCCAAACCCAUUCUCGCGCAACCCAGCUCGCAGUCCUCCAAUGUUCGCUGUCCUUGUUACUGGUGUCUCCCUAAAGCGCCAAUCACGAAUGUCUACCCACGGUACGUAUGA